GCAGCACCUGGCUUCCCAACGCCACCACCGCCUACUGGACCAGCGAUCGAGUACCGGCCGCCGUCUCCACAGCCGCAGGCCAACGGGCACGCAGCAAACGGGACAGAGGGUGGCAGCACUCAAGACAGCAAGGCGUUGCCAGCCCCGGCCGCCGAGCCUACGGAUCAGGAUAGACUUGCCAUGGUGGCCGCGAGGAAGCUGAACGCCGGCAUCCCUCGGGCUGGACCUCUACCGCUCCAGUGGAACACCAGCUGCGCGCGCGACGUGCGCGUGAGGGGUUCCUGGGAUGGCUGGAAGCGCGACUACGCGUUGGAGCCCUGUCCUGGAGUUGGGUUCCGGAUUAUGCUUCUCCUUCCUGCCGGUGAGUACGAGUUCAAGUUCAUAGUGGACGGCAACUGGACGACCUCGGAGGACAUGGAGACUACAAAGUGUGCCAACAGGAACAAUGUGGCACAAGUCAAUGAGAUGGUGCUUGUGCCGGUGCCGCUGUGGAAGUCGGACACAAACGACGGAAACAAGCCGGCGGCGGGUGAAUUAGAGGCUGGAACUUUGGCCAUC